AUGCCUACCAACCGACCUUUUUUCGCCAACUUCUUCUCCGCCUUCCGAGCCCGUACGAAUCCAACGUUUCAAGUCAAGUCGAGCACGGCAUACGAUGCGGGUUCGCCAACCUCGCUGGUAGCGACCGCACAUGUCUCGACCACCAACACAACGGUGACUUCAUCGGCUGCCAGGACCAUCACGACAAAGUCAACCGCUGAGACGUCCACGUCUCCCACACAGCCGCACUCCUCACUCACCUCCAACACGAAACCUAGUACGACGCCGGCCUCUCUGCCAUUUUCCUCAAAUCCCAGUUCCCACCGAUAUGCCAGUCCGCUCUCAAGGUCGCCCGGAACGGGUACCCCGGGUGGGCCCCAUUCCCAGACACACGCAAGUCACACCCCUAACAACAUGUCCAUGUCACCGCCAGGGGCCUCGACACCGAUGACGAGGGGACGGCAACGGAGGGGAAGUGACAGCUCCAAUUCCUCAGGCGGCUUCAUUGACGCAUUGGGACCGGAAAAAUGGUACAUUGGUGGACGGAAUGCAGCAGGCGAAGAGACGUUCUACAAACUAGGUCUAGUCACAGGAGGAACGGGAAGAAGAGUCCGCAGUUUAGAUCGGUUGAGUCUGUGA